GCUGUCUGUUGGUUUAUUACGGCUCUUCCUUGCUACAUCUCCACCCACACUGAACACAUAGGAAGAACUGAAACUGCGCUCUUGUCCGCUUGAAAUCCAUCCACAAAAAGGACUUACCCAGACGCCUCUUUUGCUCUGGAACCUUUGGCAACUGGAUAAGUCACUACAGGGGCCAUGUGUGUGAUCUGAAGGUGGAGGAUUUAAAGAAGCGAUUGGGAAGGCCGUGGACUUGCUCAGAAGCCGAGUUCAGGUGUCAGCUGGUUGUGUGGAGCGGAUAGUGGACUGAACGCAUCAUCAGACGGGGACAAUGAGCGAACUGGAGCAGUUACGACAGGAAGCAGAACAGCUGCGGAAUCAGAUCCGAGAUGCCAGGAAAGCAUGUAGCGAUUCCACUCUGUCUCAGAUGACGGCGGGUCUGGAUUCGGUGGGAAGGAUCCAGAUGAGGACGAGACGCACCCUCAGAGGCCAUCUAGCCAAAAUCUAUGCCAUGCACUGGGGCACCGACUCCAGGUUACUGGUCAGUGCCUCUCAAGAUGGCAAGUUAAUCAUAUGGGACAGCUACACAACAAACAAGAUGCACGCCAUCCCGCUGCGGUCGUCCUGGGUGAUGACCUGCGCCUACGCCCCCUCCGGAAACUACGUGGCCUGCGGCGGCCUGGACAACAUCUGCUCCAUAUACAGCCUGAAGACCCGGGAGGGGAACGUCAGGGUGACCCGAGAGUUACCUGGCCACACAGGGUAUUUGUCAUGCUGUCGUUUCCUAGACGACAUCCAGAUCGUCACCAGUUCCGGGGACACCACCUGUGCAUUGUGGGACAUCGAGACAGGGCAGCAGGCCACCACCUUCACGGGCCACACCGGUGAUGUCAUGAGCCUCUCGCUGAGCCCCGACUUCAAGACCUUCGUGUCGGGCGCCUGCGACGCCUCCUCCAAGCUCUGGGACAUCCGAGACGGAAUGUGCCGGCAGUCCUUCACCGGCCACGUGUCCGACAUCAACGCCGUUUGCUUCUUCCCCAACGGGAACGCCUUCACCACGGGCUCGGACGACGCCACCUGCAGGCUGUUCGACCUGCGGGCGGACCAGGAGCUGAUGAUGUACUCCCACGACAACAUCAUCUGCGGCAUCACCUCGGUGGCCUUCUCCAAGAGCGGCCGCCUCCUGCUCGCCGGCUACGACGACUUCAACUGCAACGUCUGGGACACGCUCAAGGGGGAGCGGGCAGGUGUGCUGGCGGGCCACGAUAACCGGGUGAGCUGUUUAGGAGUGACGGAUGACGGCAUGGCGGUGGCCACGGGCUCCUGGGACAGUUUCCUCAGAAUCUGGAAUUAAUGCGACGGAGGGGGCGGAGCCAAGGGGGCGGCAACACCGCGUGACGCCCCGCCCCGCCCAGGGAGGAGGGGGUGAGGGGGGGGGUGGGCUGGGAGGGGCGGGGAAAUCACUGCUGCCAGUUCCCAGCUGUGGGAGAGUAACGUUCUUUAUACUUUUCCAAGUGUUAUUUUUUUUCCCCCUUUUUCUUUUUUUUUUUUUUUUGGUUUUGUUUUUCUUUCUAUCGACUUACUCCAAAAAGCUUUCAGUACAUCGUCCAAUCAAAAAUGAAGAGAUUUGAGACUAACCUUGGUGACAGACAGACAGGGAUCAGUGUGUUACCAUGGUUAUGGAAAAGCUAAGAGCCAGUCAUUGUAUAAUAUGUGUGUAUAUAUGAAUAUAUAUAUGUAUCAUAUAUAUGCAUAUAUAUUGUAUUUGUAUGUAUUUCAUUUUGUAGUUGUUUUAUUGGCCACCCUCCAAUUUUUAUUUUCCGUUUUUUGAUUUUUUUUCCUCAUUUGCAUUUUUUUAUGUAGACCGCAUAUACAACGUUGCGUCAGUGCCAGUCCGAAUACGUGCAUCUUUUCAUAUGAGUAUGAAUAUGAAUAUGUGUUUGUAUGUACGGGGUUCUUCCUGUACACAGGCAUAAACGCACGCAGAGUGUUCUCCCCUCGGUCCGUACGAUAUUAAUUAUCUGCAAGAACUAAUUACGUUUUCGUUGGCAUGUCUCCACUUAAAAAAAAAAAAAAAAAAAACUGAGUUCACUUGGAACGUCGCACUGUGCUUCAGAAAUUCAUUCGUCGGGAGGAACUGCAGAAAAAAAAAAAGGUUGUUCAGACCUUGACACCAUUUAUGUUACAAUCUGUGUUUUUGUACAAGUUGCUAGGAAACAAGGCUGGGUGAUCUGUUUGUUGUUUUCCGUGAUUUCUGGGCCCAAAAAAAAAAAAAAAAAACCCAACAUCGCUGCAAUUAAAGACAUCUCCACCUGGUGCCCCUCCCACAGAUCACCGUUAGUGUUAACGCCGUUAAUGAAUUAACUUCCCUCAGCUGGUUUGUUCGCGGGCAAGCUGUCCCACAAUGCUGUGCUGCGGUGUGAUGGAGGCUGCGGGGCAUGCAGUCGAGUUUGUGGUGUUACCACUUCCACAUUAAGACGGAGACGAGGAGAUGCGUCAUGGGUGGGAAGCUCGGUCUUUGGGAAGAGUAGGAAACUGCUCGUACAGCAACUUGUGGCGAAGUAGAAUGAAGAGUCGAGUCGACUUAGGAAGCCGCCCGCAGCGGCGGCUGGCGGCAGCGUCGUCGUGAUCGAUACUCGUGUUCGUUUGCAUGACGGGCGGCAGCGUCGUCGUGACGAUUGAUACUCGUGUUCGUUUGCACGACGGGGGCGGCAGCGACGUCGUGACGAUUGAUACUCGUGUUCGUUUGCACGACGGGGGCGGCAGCGUCGUCGUGACGAUCGAUACUCGUGUUCGUUUGCACGACGGGCGGCAGCGUCGUCGUGACGAUCGAUACUCGUGUUCGUUUGCACGACGGGGGCGGCAGCGUCGUCGUGACGAUCGAUACUCGUGUUAUUCGCUGCGUGGGUUUUUUCGUGUUUUCUGCCUUUUACUGCGACGCGCCGGACGGAGUCCAGGACCUGCAAUGCGUCCGGGGUUCGGUUCCACGUUUCCGUGGCGCCCGCGAGUUGACUUUUAGACGCAAAUAUCAUGCGGCGGAAGAGAAACCCCUUAAUUAAUGUAACUUAAGACAGUGCACCUGGAGUCCUAAUGGAACCAGGUAACAUACGAUAGCGUUUUUUUUUUUGCCAUUCCAUAACGGAUAUUGCACCAUCAAAUCUUGCUAGUUAGUUUGUUGUAUGUCAGAAAAAAAUCUUAGUGCCAGCUCUCCAUCAGAAUGAUACCGUACAAGGUUGUUUUUUUUUUUUUUUCUGUUUCUCAAGACGAGAGUGCUGCACUGGCCUUUUUUUUUUAUUUUAAUUUUUUUUUAAAUGGUGGCACUGUAGUCAGAUCUAGGUAGAACUGCACAAAUUGUGUGAACAGUCCCGAGCACACACAAGUUUUAGCCUUACAUCUAAAAUAGAACACAUUACACAUCUUAUGUAUGCACAUACAUGUAUGUGUAAUGUGUGUGAGUGUGCGUGUGUAAAUACACACACACGUACUGUGUUUGUUAUAUGCACAUGCACACGUAUGUGUUAUGUAAAAAGUAAAUGGAAUCCCUGUGCAGGCUCACUUGUAAAUGCACUUGCCUUUUUUUUUAUUUAAAAAAAGUGGUUUGUAUUUGACUGGACUGUGGCCAGAUCUCUCUGAACCCCACUUUGCCUUACUGUAGUGUACACAGCACCCUCACAUGCACCAUUCAUUGCUAGAGCUUAACUCCCCUUCCAAGCAAGCAAGCCGACUGCCCGGUGUAACAUUGAUUGGGCCUAGAAAGGUCCCUGUGGAACACCCUCCCACUUUAUUUGAAAUAAACUUUGUCGUUUCACAGAGCUUUCAGAGUUUGUCAGUAGGCUCGGAAGUGCUUUAAAAAAAGAAAAAAGAAAAUUAAAAAGGGAUGAGUCGCCCCCACCCCCCCUCGCUGACAGGGGCCUACUGCCCAUUUGGGACUGAAUACAGCCCAUCCUCCCAAAACAUAGAGUUUUAAUGGCCUGAAAAUUAGGUUGCCUUACUCAUAGUGCCAAUUCAAACGCCAAAAGGGGAAAGUGGAACAUUUCGAGAGGUGCAGAGACUUCCAUUAUGUAAGGAAACAUUACUGGGAUUUGUGGGAUAUGAAACAGCUAUGUAAUGGAAUCUGAAUUUCAGCAUGUGCAGGUCUUUUAGUUCCUGUAUAUUAUUGUAUCCAGUUCAAUAGUUUGGUUACUUUCUAUUCUACAGUUAGUACAGUUUGUUUGUUUUUUUAAUUGUAUUUGAUUACAAGAAAAUCCUUUUACAAUCAUGUAGUGAUAUCUGUAGCAGUUUUGAGUUUUUUCAUUACUGUAUCUUCUACCUUUUUCUUUCUUUUGUUCUCUGAAGAAAUGAAUCUACACAUAUUGACAAUUUUUUUUUUUUCUGUUUUUUUUUUUUUUGUUGUUUUUCCAGAAAUAUUCUUUAGGUGUGAUGUAAGAUGUAAUUGCAGUUCCAGUGUUGAAAAGAAUUCUUACAGUAAUUAGCGGGGAAGCAUACAUGUGCCGAAACUGGCCACAGACGCUGAACUGUGAGUGGAAUUAUUUGAAGAAAAAAAAACGGGACCUUCAAAAAAAAAAAAAAAAAAAAAAAAAAAAAGUGCCUGGAAAAAUUCUGAAAUAGAAUCUGAAGCUUUAUUCAAACAGCACCUGAAAGUCCUCGAGUUCCCGACCUUGACAAACAUUGCCAAGCAGACUGUCCAUCAAAGGUCAAAUGCUGCUUGGUACUUAACUGUGUUAUUAUCCUUAGGUAUGAGUUGAGACUUAUUUUGCCUUCUACUGCGUGCCCUGUAUCAGUGAGACGUGCGGUAUGAUCUGGUUCUGCGUAAAUACUGGGUGGUUCAUUAAUAGUCAUUAUGAUCAUUUGCAUGUGGUACAGAUCAGAAAAUUGAUCUGGCAACGCAGUUUGGAGGAGGAGGUAUUUGUGAUCAGUAUGGUGAUCAGUAACUUCUGGCACACCCGAUUAGAACGUCUGCUAAACGAGCACGUUUCGGAUGAGCACCUUUGUUCAGAACUUUGAGUGCUCUCUGGACAGUGAGCCGUUAUUGAGAAUGCCACCGGUCUCUAAUAAACAAAAAGAAGUCUUGUAGAAAACAAAUGGAUAGGUAAUUACUGCAGUGUUCAGUGUAAAACGCAACAGUAUUCAGUUUUAACACACACACACACAAAAAAAUGUAAUCACAUUGAGUAUGCCAGUACAGUGUGCAUGCAUUAAGAGCCAAGACAGUGUCUCAAGAGGUUUCAUAAAAAUGAUCGGUGUCUUCAAGUUGUCAGCAUCCCCUCCAUUGCUUUGUCUCCUUUUGAAACUAACCACUUUGGUAAAAAUUUAAGUCAAGCACAUAUUUUAAUAACCCAUGACUUGGUGACAGGCUCUGUCUCAAAGCAGAAUGUCAGACGCUUGCUUUUAACACUAUUUUGAAACAUUUUUUUCUUAAAAGUGAACUAAGGAAAAGUAUUUUGUAAAGAGUGGUUGGUUGGUUGGGGGGGGGGGGGGGGGGGGGGGGAGGAGGGGGAACUGAACUUCUCAGUAAGCUCCAGCUCUGCUUCCUUUAAUUAGUGUUACAUUUAGUGACCACAACAUCCACACUGAUUUUAGUAAUAAAGCACCGCCGAUUGGCUCCACUGCGUAUUACAGCAAAGUCUUAUUAGGAGAGGCCAAGCACGAGGUGCCCAGGUAACCUGUUGUGAUUGUUCUGAUUGUUAUUCUUCCGUAGAAUUUUUUUUUUUUUUUUUCGUUUUCGUUUUAAAACUCCUAUGCUGUUUGUGUUAAUUUGAGAAAAUGUGUCCGAAUUUUGAGGGGCUCCGAGACGCGCGCGACGCGGACAGCGGGCCAUAGAAUCUCUGGCUGUGACGUGUAAACCGUCCCGGCAAGAAGACGCGCAUUGCGGUCUGUCAGCUUGUGCUAAAACUGCCGUCGUUCUGCCGCGGGAAUUUGCGUGUAAUACAAGAAUGAAUACGUCUUGUUUCGCGGCAACGGUCCGCUGAGAGAAAAAAAAAAAAAACAUGGCCGCCGUAAGGGACAGAAUACGCUAAACGUUUGCAUUGAUGUCUCCCUGCUGAACGCAAAUGUUCUCUUAUCAUCAGACAUUUGUAAUGUAAAAAAAGAAAAUUGUAGCAGACAUUGAGUUUGAGACGGUGGAAAGGCCAUAAAAAUCUUUUGUUAAAAUUACAUAAAGCUUGACAAGUAUUUUGGAGAGAUUAGAGAAGUGUCUGUAAAAUUCAUGUCAGUAAGUUGCAUGGUUCUGCUCUGAUCUUCCUCGUUUUCCUUGAUUGAACUCCGCUCGGCACAAUAAAAAAAUAAAACAAAAACAUUUUUGUCAUGUCAACUGAAAACUGCCACCGUAUUGGACUUCUGCUUUGAUGCAUACGUUAUUAAACUCUUUAACGACAGUAUCAGAAACCAAUGAGUCGGGUCUAUGACAAGCCAAUGAUUCCAGAUUCAAGUAUUUUUUGAAUUUAUGGAUACUGUGCGGCAGAGUAGUAAAAUGCUUAGAGAACUGGGCUUAUAACUCGGGAUUGAGUUUGAUUCCCAGCUGGGGCACAACCUAUUGUACUUGUGAGGAAGGUGCUUAACCUGAAUUGCUUCAGUUAAUAUCCAGCUGUAUAAAUGGAUUGUAUGUAAAUUGUAAUCUGUCCAAGGAACUAAAAGUGUCUGCUAAAAAUGUAAAUGUAGCAUUUUCUCAGUUGGAAAAAAUAAAAAAAUUCUGCUACAAAAAAAUAGGGAAACUUUUUUUUUUUUUUUUUAAAUACAGAACGUGGUGAACGUGAGAAUUCUAACAUCAGAAAUACUGCAGCUUAAAAAAUAAAUUGUCAUCUGGCCUUAUAAUACAGUCCCUCAUGGAAAAAUUGCUUGUGGUCCCUUUAAGCUUAAAAUUUAAACCUGGUACGAAUUAAUUUUAAAAAAAUAAAGCUUUUGGCUUCAUUGUCUAUUUGCAACAGCAAGUCUAUAUUCUAACAGACAUUAAUUUCCUCAUGAUUCUUAGGAUGCAAAUCUGUGAUGAGGUUUGCAUGUCGUUGUAAGGCACCGACGGUCUCGACGGUGCCUGGAAUGAAUGGGGUGGGAGAGGUUUCUGAUGACCAGGGCAGAAGACACAAUGGUUGUCUCCUGGUCCGCCAGCCAUCCCAUCGACUAUUUGCAAGUCCUUAAUCCUCACGUUCUCAAUCUAGCCCGUUUGAGGUGAUGCUGCACUGUCCCGUAAGACCAUAGGAGACCCCAAAACACGCUGGAUGGCACCGUGGGCCUUCAGCUUCAUGACUUAACAGCAGACACUGCAUAGCCCUCCUGGGAAUCAAAGCAGCAUUUUCAUUGACAACUACCUGAUAGAUGGCCAGUGGUGUCACCUGACCCACACCUACCAUUCAACUGAUAAUAUUGAGGAUGGGUGUAUUGCUUGGACCCCGUUCAUUGCUGCUUGCGGCUAUAUAUAUUUUUUAAUUUUGUUUUUUUUUCUUUUGUUUUUUUAAUUUAUUUUUUGAGCCAGUCAAAACCAGGGACUUAGUGCCAUGAGUUCUUAUAGUGCUGUUGUGUGAAGUCAUAAUCACUUGCUAUUGAAAUAACUUUUUUAUAGUCUUUUUUUCACACCAGAUAUUUUUUUUUUUUGUAUUUGUACAGUGGCUCAGUGAUACUGAUAUGUUGCCAUGAGUUGAUAUUGUAACCAAUAAAAAAAAAAAGCUUUUAACCAAGAA